AUGAAUGCAGUGCAAAAGAACAAAUUAUGUAAUGGAACUGAUUUGCAAGAACAAAAUUCAGCAAUUUCAGCAUCAUCAAAAAACCAAUUUAAAGAGCAAUCAUUCUGUGAUAAAUUUGAUGAUGAUGACAAUAUGGAAUAUCAACAACUUAUGUAUCCCAAAGUUAAAAAGAAAAUGAAAGAUAAAGAAGAGAGAUAUGCAACAAGAAUAAUAAUAAAUUCAAAUUCAUUAAAUGAAAAUAUUAAUAAUAACAAUUUAAAUCGAACACAACCCGAGAGAUCAAGAUCAUUGCAACAACAACAUCAAUCAUUAUUAUUAAAAAACACUAAUAAUAACGGUAAUAAUAAUUUUAACAAUAAUAAAUCAAACAAAAGUAUCGCAACACGUAUUAAAAUUUGCAGCAGAAAAUCAUCUUCAACCUCUGAAAUUUGA